AUGUCAAAGAAGAUCUCUGCUUCAUUAGCCCGGAGUGGCGAUGGAGAUUUUAUCAGCAACGUCCAUAUAGCUGAGAGAACCCGACAUCGGACUACAAGCUGCAACCAUAACGAAUUAUGCGAAGCGUGCGAAGAGAUUGAGCAGCAUUUGAAAGAUUCACUCAGCAGCAAACCUCCACAAGUCAUCUCCGAGAAAGGGGAACUCACUUUGAUGGGAAUUUUAAGGCAAAUUCGAAGCAAAACCUGCUCCAAAUGUUUCCGUCCACGGCAGUGUCCGUUGUGCAGAAAGCUUUGCGAAAUCCUGGACUUGGACAACCCUGAUAUUAGUGAGAACACUUAUCUGACAUUCAAACUAGACGAGCGACCCCUAAGGAACUCUGACAUACAUCGGGUGAUAGAAGAAAGGAAAAAGACAGCUGAAGUUGAUGAAAAAUCCAUGCUCGGAUUAAGGCCGCUCCUGUUUAAGAUUUACGUUGACUCCCCAUUGCUUCAAGACAAGGAACUUUUCCUUACUGCUGUCUCUCCUUUCACAUGUUUUAGCGAAUCAGGGCCAUAUCAAUCCUCAAUAAGAUUGAUCCAACCUAACACAGUCGACGUCGACUUCGCCCGUCAUUGCCUGGAAGGGUGUAUAGAGAAGCACGGAAAGAUUUGUAAUGAGAUAGAAGACACAGGUUUUCGAUACAAACCACAAAUCUAUUUGCUUGAUUUGGAGGAUCGAUGUCUUGUCCGGUCAACAGUCGACGCCGACUAUGUCGCCCUGAGUUACGUCUGGGGCCCGCAGAACGGAAAUUUCCAAUGCAAAGUGGAUAACCUUGGACGAUUCAUCCAGCCAGGCAGUAUGAACGAUUCUGAGUUUUUCAAAGUCCCGGCACUGAUACAAUCUGCGAUUGAUUUUACCCAGAAAGUCGGAAAACGAUACCUUUGGGUCGAUCGAUACUGUAUUCUUCAAGAUGAUGGCCGCCACAAACAUGAGCAAGUAAUGGCAAUGGGUAUAAUUUACGCGCAAGCUUGCUUCACCAUUGUUUCGAUGGAAGGCGACGCGCGAAAUGGACUUCCAGGGCUUGGAUCUUCAGCUGGCAGCAUAACUCCGGCCCGCAAGCGGAAUAUUUAUCACCAAACUCGGGAAUAUCUGGUUCUCUAUGGAUUACGGUACAAAUCAGUACCAUCAAAGGGUUCUUGGACGAGUCGAGGCUGGACCUUCCAAGAACAGAUGUUCUCUCGGCGGAUGGCAAUCUUUGUCAAUGGUAGAAUUGUGUGGAAAUGCAGGACAUCCUUGUGCCAGGAAGAUUUCCGCAGUGAGCUUACCACUGAGAAGCAAAGCCAGAAAGGUCGUUUUGACACUUUCGUCUCACCCGGGUGGCCGGAUAUGCUUUUGUUUCAACGGCUUGUUGAAAAUUACACUAGACGAACACUUACUUAUCCAUGCGACUCGAUAUCAGCUUUCUCAGGCGUUCUCGCCUCUCUACAUGGUUCUUUUCUCGGAGGCUUCCUUUUUGGUCUACCAGAAUUGUAUUUUGAUGUCGCCUUACUUUGGCAGCCAUGUACACCACUUCAGGACCGCAUGGCGCUCGCGGAAUCGACUGGGCUACCGGUUGAACACUUACCUACUUGGUCUUGGUGUAGAUGGCAAGGCAAAAUCAACUUCGAACCAUGGGCUGCAGCUGGUGAAUGUUUAUUUCUUUCGCAUUACGAACAAAACAUUUGCAAAACCAUCCCAAUGGUCAGCUGGUUCAAGAUCGACACUCGGUCCGGGGCCCGAAAACCGAUAUAUAACUGGUUUUCGGCAUAUCGAGGGCAAUAUUUCGCUCAAAAUUUCUCUUCGAAAUGGCGAAAGGAUCCGUCUGGCGGUUUCCAACAUCAUGAUAUUGGCCAAUCUAAAAUAUUUCGCUUCCCCAUUCCUGUCCUGCCCAGGCAAAGUACAGCAAACUUCGCUCCACAAGAAGGGAGCUGGAGUACUAGGAUUUUUGGAAGAGUGGAGCGCGCAUAUCUACGUCUUGGAGGAGUAGCUUUGGACGAUAGGAAAUACAGCGAAAAGCCAUUGUACGGUGCUUUCGGAUGGCGUUACCUUCUUUCUGGAUGUGGUGACAUAGUUGGAGUAAUCUGGAGCUGCAUCGACAAGUCCCAAGACAAGAAGAGAGCGGAAUGCAUUGCGAUUUCGAAAGGCGAGCUGCAUCUGGUACCUCCAGGUCACUUUUUAGGGGUUUCGGAAAUGCAAUUUCACAGCUGGGAGGUUUCGCGAAGAAUUAAGACCGGGUAUUAUCGGUUCUACAACGUCAUGUUGGUCGACAGGACGGACCAGGUAGCAUAUAGAAGAGCAGUCGGGCGUGUAGAUCAGGAUAUCUGGGAUCGUUUACGACGUGAAACGAUCGAGAUUCUGCUCGGCUAG